CCUGGCCGCGCGCGCACGUUACUGGUGCAAGACUUUACUGUCAGUUGACUUUGACAGAAAUAGAAGAAUCCUUAUCUAUUAAAAAAAAUCAGAAUCAUUUCGACCACGUGACAAGCACAAGUCUUGUCCUGAGGAGUUUGUGGAUGUUGCUAUUGUUUAUUUAUAAGUUCUGCAUCAGUGGAGUCAUUUGGAGAUGGGUGCUUAAGAAAUCUAAGUAUGGACUGCAGCAGUUCAGUGAAGUCUCUAUUGAAUCAGACGUGAAUUUUACCCUCUACUGCACACCGAUCUGAACAUCAGACCAUUACUGCGGAGGAGACAGCAGCAUCCACACUUCAACUGCGAGGACCAAAAUAUUUAACUGCUUCACUAAUAACAGAGUAAAGAAAAGAAAAGAAAAGAAAAGAAAAGAAAAGAAAAGAAAAGAAAAGAAAAGAAAAAAGAGCAGCUCUACAGAUGUCGUGUGUAGGUGUGAUGCUGUCUGGCGCACACUAAUGACAAUUUCUUUUCAUUUCCAGUCCCUGUUUUUGGACUAUUGAGUACGAGGACCCACGGGAGAAAGACUCGUUUGCCUGCCAUGUUACUAAAGGAGCGUGUUUUCAGGAUAUAUGAGGAUAACAUAUUUCCACAUUAUUAAAACAUAUUGUUAUGGUUAUCAUCUGCGUGCGCGCCGUGGGUAUGUGUGGAUCACAAACUAUUCUGGACAAAUAAAAAAAAUCUAGAUUUGUGCGUCAACAAAUCAAAUAAACAUUCAAAAGUCAUGGCUCUCAGACCCACCCUCAUCUUUACCCUAUCUCUGAUUGGCUGUUGCGCUCUUGAGGACACGCCCCAGGCUAUAGCCUCUCCCCCUCCUCGAGGGUGUGGUGCUGCUGUGGACCUGCCCUACAGGGUUCUGUGUGACCUGGAGUCCGUAUGGGGUGUGGUAUUAGAGGCAACAGCGUGUGGUGGUACCUUAUCAUCUCUGAUUCUAGGUGUGAUUCUUCUUGCCAAGUUCAAAACGGUAACGGAACCAGAGAAACGAUGUGGCGUCGGCCCUCUCCUUCUCCUAUUGGCCGGGACGGUUGGCCUUUUCAGCCUAUCACUAGUCUUCUUGGUUGGGCGUGGCGAGGUGCUCUGCGCGGUACGACGUGGCCUUUGGGGGGCGUUGUUUGCGCUGUGUUUCUCGUGUUUGCUUGUGCAGGGGGUACGACUGAAGAAACUGGCCGGAGGGAGGCGGAGCCCGGCAGGUAGCUCUCUCGCCGGACUGGCUUUCGGGCUCACUUUGGUUCAGGGUAUAAUCGCUGGAGAGUGGAUACUGCUCACUGUGGUCCGCCAGGGGCACGCGGCCUGUGAUUAUCUGCCUUUAGACUUUGUGCUUGUGUGUAGCUACGCUGUAGCUUUGUUGCUGGCUGCCAGCGUGUUGUCGUUGGCUGUCAUCCUGUGUGGAGGCGGCAACCGAGAUGAAUCAAACAGGAUACGGAUGAAAUGGAGGUGUAACGGCGUCUGGCUUUUUCUCACAUGUCUCUCAUCUCUUCUCGUCUGGGUCGCAUGGCUUGUGCUCUAUCUCUACGGCGACGUCGCACAUGUUGCGAAAGAUUGGGAUGAGCCAGCUUUGGCAGUUGCCUUGGUGACGGAAGGAUGGGUGCUGCUGUUAUUUCACGCUAUCCCAGAAUCCCACCUGUGUCUGCGCCCGGCUGACCAGAGGAACGCAGACGCGGGACAGAAUUAUUACGACACGCCUAUAACCGUGCCGGGUUACCAUGACGACGAGCGGCCGACCAAUCCAGGAGCGUCGUACGCAGAGAGUACCCAGGCGUACUCUGUGGAGGAGCACGGUGCAGUUCUGCAGACUGGCGGGUAUCAUAACGGACUGAUACGACCCGCAGUGCCGUUUCGUAGUCACGUUUAUCAGCCCACUGAGAUGGCCUUGCUCAUGAACGCAGGAAAGAUCCCAACUGCCCCUCCAAACUUUACCGGGAGGCAUCUGUGGUGAAGCGGUUACCAUGGCAAUAACAAUCCUCUUCCUCUCAGUUAGGAUGCACUUUGGGUGACUUCACAUAGUCAAUAGGCACUUUAUUAAAGGUUGAAGUUGGCGAUUUCUGUGCCGCAUGCAGCACCAGACAGAGAUGCAGCUUUCUUUGGGAAUCCUAACUGGAGCAGCAAUAGCAACAUUGUCUCAGCUAUUAGCAUGAGUUUCAGUGCAGGACUAUCUGUUUGUCAAAGCCAGUCUUAAACUCAGUGAACUAGCUAUCUGGUUACUAGCUAUCUUAUGUAAUUUGCACAUAUAUAACCCUCAAACACUGAACAAAACAAACAUAGUUUUGUUUGACAUGAACGACAUAUACACAAGCAGCUUUAAUUAAUAAAUUAUUUAAUUUUUAUACAUAUAUUUAGUUGCUUUACUGCUUAGGCAAACAGUUGUGUCCUGUUUAAGAUGACGGUUCUUGGUGAGAAUAAAAAAAUAGCUUGGUGCCGCUCGUGACACAGAAAUUAGACUUCACCUUUAGAGUUCCAUGUUAAUAAUGUGGAAAUGCUUUUGUCAAUCAAGUUAGAGCUGACUAAAAUUUGAUACAGAUUUUAAAUCUGAUAGGGAGCACAAUUUUGCACUGGUUGUUUUGAAAUGGACCUCUAGCCCGGAGUAUAUUCUGUUUUUACGUGUAUGCGAAUGUGCGUGUCAAACACACAGCCUAACAAAGUAUAGUUUACUUGACUUGUACAUUUACACAGACGUUCAACUCAUGCGCAUUGUGACAAAAUGCAAUGCAUCUCCUGGGCUACAUAUGGCAUACUCCUGUAGGCGCAUGCGUGACCUACGCGUACAAAUAUGGACAUAGUGUCCGUGACGUCACCCAUCGGUUUGUGAAGACCGUUUUUGAAGCUUAAAGUAGCCGUUGCCUGCCAUCACCAUCACACUUUUUUGAUGAGGAAAAUUGCGUCACGCACACUGUAUGUUGACCCUGCAUACACGUAAAAAUGGACAAUACUUAUGCCUUCUCUUAUAAACAUUGUACAAAAUAAGUUUUAUUAUAAUAGAAGUGGCAGAUUGAUUACCAUUUGUAUUACCAUAGUUUUACUACAAAUUUCAUGUUUAGACUAAUUACUGUAGUGAAACAAUGGCAAAUAUGUGGUUACUAUGAUUUUACUACAAAGAACAUUGUGAAACUAUGGUUAGUUUAGUAAAACAUGGUACAAUUUUGUAAAGGAUACCAAUCUUGUUUAUUUACAUUUUAAAUAUACCACAGAGCUGUUGGAUUUUAAAUGCUUCAUCAUUCUGAUUGGUUGACAAACAUUCUAAGGGUGUGCAUUAUUUUUCAGUAAACACACAUCUAUGAAGUAGUUCCAGGUCUGUCGACUGCAUUACAGUUCAAUAUCACUACGCCAGUUCCAUAUCACCCAAAUUUGUGUAGUUGCCACAUUUAUUUAUUUUGAAUAGUUAAAUGUCCCGUCGCCAAUAUUCCAUACUUCUUCAGUCAAAUGCAGAGAUGAAGACCUUUAUAUGUUCAUAAACAAAGAAAUCUAGCCUUAGCAAAUCUUCUUUCUGCAUUCCACUUUAAAAACAUAAUCACAAUCUGUUUGUUUAAAUUAUAUUUAUUUGUAUGAAAUUGUUAUUUGGUCUCUUUUAAACUAAAUAGUUUGUUAUGAUAUCACAUCCCUGCUAAAACAAAAUUGAAAAAAAUAGUUACUAUUACAUUAUCCAUUUAAAACAAUCAGAUGUUCACCAUUAAAAUCAGUUCAGGUCCCAUUUUUUAUCAGUGAUGUACAUUUUCCAGACUUUGUUGCACGCUUAUUGCUCGUCAAUCUUCAUGCAGUUGAUGCUGUAACUGUUGUAUUUCAGUACAGUGAGCACAUUUAUAAACUCAGUGCUGUGUUUGAUCUUGUAAGGCGAUACUGUUAUUUCAUGUUGUUCUGGCACACAAAAAUGCUGGCUUGACGGUGCUGCAGUUAUAUAAAUGAGUGUAGUUUUGUUCGACUUCAUGCAGAGCUGCGCAGCCCGAUUGGCAUAUGACGUCAUUACCCCGAGACCUACAGUCUAUGCCAGAGACUCCAUACAUUUGACGUCAUACACCGACGGUCUGCGCAGCGAUGGAUGAAGUCGAGUUUUGUUAAUUGUUUUAAGACAUAAGCACUUUCAACAGGUUGGAUGGAAGACUUUAAAUGUACUCUUUGUAUUGUAGAGGUCGAUUACGUGAUUUGCACAGAUUUGCUCGUAUUUCUUCCUAUAUUUGAUGUCUAUAUUUGAAAU